AUGUUCAUCUCACAACCUACAAGGUCAACUUGCAUUGGAAUUGACUUAGGAACAACAAAUUCAUGUAUGUGUGUUUUUGAUAAAACAACACCUCGAAUUCUUGAGAAUGCAGAAGGAAAACGAACAACACCAUCUUGUGUUUCUUUUACACCAACAGGAAUAUUAGUUGGAGAAGCAGCAAAACGAAUGGAAGCAUUACAUCCAACAACUACUAUCAGUGGAAUUAAGAGAAUGAUAGGAUGUCAAUACAAAAAUGAUAAACAAGAAAGAAGACCUUACAAAAUUGUUAAAGGAAGGAAUGGAGAAGGAUGGAUUCAUAUUAAUGGGAAGACAUAUUCUCCAACAGAAAUUUCAUCAAUGAUUCUUAAGAAAUUAAAAAAAGAUGCAGAGGCUAAACUAGGGAAAAGAGUAGAUGAAGCAGUUAUCACAUGUCCAGCAUAUUUUAAUGAUGCACAAAGACAAGCUACUAAAGAUGCAGGAACACUUGCAGGAUUAAAAGUUAAAAGAAUUAUUAAUGAACCAACAGCAGCAGCAUUAGCAUAUGGAAUAGAUACAAGAAAAGAAAAUGAAGAAAGAAUAUUGCAGUUUAUGAUCUUGG